UAUUGCCCAGUCCCUCCAUGCCUGACGAAAGCACAGACAAAGCUUGCUUUCUUCUCAUUUUCGUUCUAUAAUUCAUAGCUCAGCAUGCCGAGCGCGAUACUUUUCCAGCAGCUUUUCAUCGAUAUGCUAGUGGCCGAGCUGCUAACGCCAGCACGUCUGGGAGCACCUGCACCGACGCAACCCAGCCGCUGCGCUCCCUACAGCCUUUCGCUGGCGUCUGCCGCACAUGGGCGCGCGCGCUCCCACCACCUGCACAAGACGCUCUCUAUAAGCAUCCGCAAGCCGACAUCUUUGCAGCGCUCGCAGCACCUCUUCCAUGUGGCCAGCACUGCGCCUGGUCAUCUACGGGGUGUUACCGGCGCGGCACGUGCAAGGGCGUACCAACCUGCAUCUCGUAAAGCACCGCACACGAUGUGGCUGGAGAUUGACGCGAUGUCGGCCCAACAAUGGCCAUGCUGCUAUGUGCAUCACUCAGUGGGUGGCCAGUAUACGUGGAGCCGCAAUCAGACGAGCCGCGCCGAGCAGUUGUUUGAAACCGUGAAAAGGCAGCUGCCGGAGCCCAGCGACGACAUCUUCCCGAUCUACAACGGCUUCCGCAAGGUAAUGAUGGAACCGGCACUGACGGCGCUGACAUUGGAUAUCAACGGGCGAUUGCAUGACUUUGCAAUGCUGCCCCUUACGACCGCCGCAACGCUCAGGUCGUUGGUCCUGAAUAACAUCACCCUGAGUGGUUUCCUGAAUGCAUUUGUGGAGACCACGCACGCGCACCCUGAGUGCCUGGAUAUCCACUUGAUUCAUGUAAGCAGCCCAGCUCCAAAAACUCUCCUCGACCCGGCCAUUGGUCGGGCCGUAUCGCUUUUGCCGGCCUUCCACGCGUCGCCUCUGCAUACUCUGAGGUUACUCAACACCGACGCGUCGCUCUUGCCAUUCGACCAGCGCGAUUUCCCCAGGCUCUGCUCUCUGGAUGUCGCCCUGCGGUACCUGCCGAGUCAUGAAUUGCACACGCUGGAAGGUUUGCCGCAGGCGCUUCUCGCGCAUUCGAAUCUGCGGUAUUUGAGCACUGAGCUCAGCGCGACAGUCGCGUCUGAUGCAGCCACGGAAAUUACAUUGGCGUACCAGAUAGAUGCUGGCCGCAGCAGCCGGCGGCUAGCCCGGCGGGAGGUAGUUGAAAUGGUUGCAGGGGGGCUUGGGAGUACGCCAUUGAAUAUGCGGCUGCAAAGCUGGGCGUGGUGGCAGUGUGCUAUGCGAGGAUGUGCCUGCACGUGCUUUGCGGAGGCGGCGGAGGUGCUAAGAUUGGCAGCGCGCGUGCCAUCGCUGUUGUGCUUGGAGAUGGGCCAUGGGCGCUGCUGCGCGCCCGCUGGGCAUUUGCAGCAUCUAGAGAUCAAGAGCAUCUGUGUGUAUAAGGGCUGGCAACCAUUAUUCUCUGGAAUAUACUUUUUCCUAUCACGGUGA